GCUUCCAUGGCCCUCAUGACCGGAGUUGAUGGCUUUUUCACCCCUGCCUCCUCCUCGUUGGUCACCCCAGCUGCCCGCUUCUCUGCUCCUGCGCUGUCUACCCGCCGUCCUGUCACCGUGGCGCCAACGAUGGUUGACAUCAAGGUUGCGGUCAACGAGGGAGAGCCGAUCGAGUCUGCCAUGAGGCGAUUCAAGAUCGCUGUCGCAAAGUCUGGACAUCUCGUUGAGCUCAAGCGCCGUCGCACCUUCGAGACCAACAAUGAGAAGAAGAUCCGCAAGGACAAGGAGUCGAGACGCACCCGCAGUUUGAUGCGCCGCAGCAACCAGCAGUAUUAGAGAUUUUAUCACGAUCUCUCAUCUGUUCUGUUAGAUAAUUUUCCGAUCUUGCGUAAAACUCCUGAGAAAAC